AUGCCUCCUGACCCCUCGGUAUCAGAGAUGCCUCCUGACCCCUCAGUAUCUCAGAUGCCUCCUGACCCCUCAGUAUCUCAGAUGCCUCCUGACCCCUCAGGAUCAGAGAUGCCUCCUGACCCCUCAGUAUCUCAGAUGCCUCCUGACCCCUCAGUAUCUCAGAUGCCUCCUGACCCCUCAGUAUCUCAGAUGCCUCCUGACCCCUCAGUAUCUCAGAUGCCUCCUGACCCCUCGGUAUCUCAGAUGCCUCCUGACCCCUCAGUAUCUCAGAUGCCUCCUGACCCCUCGGUAUCUCAGAUGCCUCCUGACCCCUCAAUAUCUCAGAUGCCUCCUGACCCCUCAGUAUCUCAGAUGCCUCCUGACCCCUCAGUAUCUCAGAUACCUCCUGACCCCUCAGUAUCUCAGAUGCCUCCUGACCCCUCAGUAUCUCAGAUGCCUCCUGACCCCUCAGUAUCUCAGAUGCCUCCUGACCCCUCAGUAUCUCAGAUGCCUCCUGACCCCUCAGUAUCUCAGAUGCCUCCUGACCCCUCAGUAUCUCAGAUGCCUCCUGACCCCUCGUAUCUCAGAUGCCUCCUGACCCCUCAGUAUCUCAGAUGCCUCCUGACCCCUCAGUAUCUCAGAUGCCUCCUGACCCCUCAGUAUCUCAGAUGCCUCCUGACCCCUCAGUAUCUCAGAUGCCUCCUGACCCCUCAGUAUCUCAGAUACCUCUCUUUGCCUUUUGUUGCCCCUACUGCCUGUCUCCUUUUCCCCAAAAUCCCUCCAGCCAACCUAGGAUGUCCCAAAUGGCACCCUAUUCCCUAUAUAGUGCACUACUUUUGACCAGCGCCCAAAGCCCCUGAACUCAUCAGAAAAGCCUUAUGGGGUCCUGGUCAAAAGUAGUGCACUAUAUAGGGAAUAGGGUGCCUUUGAAACUGAGCCCUAGACACACACACACACCCCUUUGCAAGGACUUGAGUUGCUCUGUGUUGUGGUCAUUUGGGGGGGGGGGGUACGGGAUGGAAUCCUGAAACAACCAGCGAGUCUCAGCUCACCGCGCAGCAUUCCGUGACAUCACCAGGUGGGAGGGGCUCUCUGUGACAUCACGAUAUUACUGCUGGGGUGGGGGGGGGGGGGGGGGGGGGGGGGGGGGGGGGGGGGUUCCAGAUCGGAACGAAGUCACCGCCUGGAGGUUCCGUGACGAUGUCAUCAACUACUUCAGAGAUCUUUGUCUGUAAACAACCUCGUUGCCCAGACGACCAACAAACCGCCCAGCUUUCCCAACAAGGGGACAACUCCCCAACAGUGACCGCGUCCCAAAUGGUAUCCUGUUCCCUAUAUAGUGUACGCACUACUUUUGGCCAGGGCCCGUAUAGGUCUCUUUAGUGCACUAUAUAGGGAAUAGGGUGCUAUGUGGGACCAGAGUUUUUCUUUCUACCGCCAGAGCUUUUAAAAUAUUUUUUCAGAGGAUUUUUUUUGUUUUGUUUGUUUUUGUAUUUUGUUAGUUCUGUCUCCUCCCUCCAGCUGUGUUUUGGGUAAGGGUUGGACCGGAGCUAGUAGACACACCCUAUCCCCUACAUAGUGCACUACUCUAUGGGCCCUGGUCAAAAGGAGUGCACUACGUAGGGAGCCAUUGGGGAUCCAAGCCUCCUACUUGCGGCUCUGUUUUUACUUUCUGCAAGUUAAAAGACAAAACGUACAAAAAUGAACUUUUGUAAAUAAAAUCUUAACAUUUUGCUCCUUGCUCGCUCUCUUGUGUGUCAUUUCGAUUUGUUUUGUGUGUUUUAUAACGUCGUCUAUCGACGGAGGGCGCCAUUAAUAACGUGCCCGCUUUGCCGUGAACUAGAAAAAGUUGUGCUGUCUGACGUAAGACGAUGGGUUUCUAGAGUCUCUGAUAACCGUUUUCUGUGUUGGCAGGCUCCUGUACUAGUUUUUCUUCCUUGGGGGAAUGCAGACAUUAAAACGUCUCCUCUAGACCCUCAGCUGUUCCAGGUUCCACUUUAUAUACAGCAGUAUGUGGACACGCCAUCAAAUUAGUGGAUUCUGCUAUUACAACCACACCCGUUGCUGACGGGUGUAUAAAAUUGAGCACACCGCCAUGCAAUCUCCAUAGACAAACACUGCCAGUAUAAUGGCCUUACUGAAGGGCUCCAUGACUUUCAACGUGGCACCGUCCUAAGUUUGUAAAAUUUCUGCCCUGCUAGAGCUGCCCCGGUCAACUGUAAGUGCUGUUAUUGGGAAGUGGAAAUGUCUAGGAGCAACAACGGCUCAGCCGCGAAGUGGUAGGCCACACAAGCUCACAGAACGGGACUGCGAGUGCUGUAGCGCGUAAAAAAUCAUAAUACCAGCAACAGUGUGUGAAAACCUUGUGAAGACUUACAGAAAACGUUUGACCUGUGUCAUUGCCAACAAAGGGUAUAUAACAAAGUACUGAGAAACUUUUGUUAUUGACCAAAUACUUAUUUUCCACCAUAAUUUGCAAAUAAAUUAAUAAAAAAUCCUACAAUGUGAUUUUCUGGAUUUUUUUUCUCAAUUUGUCUGUCAUAGUUGACGUGUACCUAUGAUGAAAAUUACAGGCCUCUCUCAUCUUUUUAAGUGGGAGAACUUGCACAAUUGGUGGCUGACUAAAUACUUUUUUCUCCCACUGUAUGAACAGAACACAGCUAUUUUUCUUAGUUCUGCAACAAUAAAUUAUAUUGAGCUGGAGUACUGAAAUGAAUGUGUGCAUUUAUCUAAGCCUAUAUCCUACCUCGUAUUGGACGAAGAUUUUUUCUUCAACGAGUCGGACGCGAAGGAUAUUUUACAGACACCCGACAAGGCCCAAAUCCCCGUCAUUCGCAUGAGAAAGAGACGGAGAUAUCGUGGACGUAGGUCGGGGUGACUUGUAAGGAUCCGACGGCGAGCGAGUAAACUGCCUCUUCCAUCAAUCCUAUUAGCCAAUCUUCAAUCAUUGGAGAACAAAUUGGAUGACCUACGAUUACGGUUAUCCUACCAACGGGACAUUAAAAACUGUAAUAUCUUAUGUUUCACCGAGUCGUGGCUGAACGACAACAUGGAUAACAUACAGCUGGCUGGAUAUACGCUACAUCGUCAGGAUAGAACGGCUGACUCCGGUAAGACAAGGGGUGGCGGUCUGUGUAUAUUUGUAAACAACAGCUGGUGCAUAAAAUCUAAUACUAAGGAAGUCUCGAGGUUUUGCUCGCCUGAGGUAGAUUAUCUUAUGAUAAGCUGUAGACCACACUAUUUACCAAGAGAGUUUUCAUCUAUAUUUUUCAUAGCUGUCUAUUUACCACCACAAACCGAUGCUGGCACUAAGAUUGCACUCAAUGAGCUGUAUAAGGCCAUAAGCAGACAGGAAAACGCUCAUCCAGAGGCAGCGCCCUAGUGGCCGGGGACUUUAAUGCAGGGAAACUUAAAUCCGUUCUGCCUCAUUUCUAUCAGCAUGUUAAAUGUGCAACCAGAGGAAAAAAUACUCUAGACCACCUUUACUCCACACACAGAGACGCAUACAAAGCUCUCCCUCACCCUCCAUUUGGCAAAUCUGACCAUAACUCUAUCGUCCUGAUUACUGCUUAUAAGCAAAAACUAAAGCAGGAAGCACCAGUGACUCAGUUAAUAAAAAAGUGGUCAGAUGACGCAGAUGCUAAGCUACAGGACUGUUUUGCUAGCACAGACUGGAAUAUGUUCCCGGGAUUCUUCAGAUAGCAUUGAGGAGUACACCACAUCAGUCACUGGCUUCAUCAAUAAGUGCAUCGAUGAUGUCGUCCCCACAGUGACUGUAUGUACAUACCCCAACCAGAAGCCCUGGAUUACAGGCAACAUCCGCACUGAGCUAAAGGGUAGAGCUACCGCUUUCAAGGAGCGGGACUCUAACCCGGAAGCUUAUAAGAAAUCCCGCUAUGCCCUCUGACGAACCAUCAAACAGGCAAAGAGUCAAUACAGGACUAAGAUUGAAUCGUACUACACCGGCUCUGACGCUCGUCGGAUGUGGCAGGGCUUGAAAACUAUUACAGACUACAAAGGGAAGCACAGCCGCGAACUGCCCAGUGACACAAGCCUACCAGAUGAGCUAAAUCACUUCUAUGCUCGCUUCGAGGCAAGCAACACUGAAGCAUGCAUGAGAGCAUCAGCUGUUCCGGAUGACUAUGUGAUCACGCUCUCCGUAGCCGAUGUGAGUAAGACUUUUAAGCAGGUCAACAUUCACAAGGCCGCAGGGCCAGACGGAUUACCAGGACGUGUACACCCGAGCAUGCGCUGACCAACUGGCAAGUGUCUUCACUGACAUUUUCAACAUGUCCCUGACUGAGUCUGUAAUACCAACAUGUUUCAAGCAGACCACCAUAGUCCCUGUGCCCAAGGACACUAAGAUAACCUGCCUAAAUGACUACCGACCGGUAGAGUAGUGCGUACGGCCCAGUACAUCACUGGGGUCAAGCUUCCUGCCAUCCAGGACCUCUAUACCAGGCGGUGUCAGAGGAAGGCCCUAAAAAUAGUCAAAGACUCAAGCCACCCUAGACUGUUCUCUCUGCUACCGCACGGCAAGCGGUACUGGAGCGCCAAGUCUAGGUCCAAAAGGCUACUCAACAGCUUCUACCCCCAAGCCAUAAGACUCCUGAACUGCUAAUCAUGGCUACCCGGACUAUUUGCAUUGUCCACAGGGUAUGGCAUGGCGUUGCAAAAUGGAGUGAUAGCCUUCCUUCUUCAAGAUCCCUUUUACCCUGUACAAAUCUCCCACUUUACCACCACCAAAGCACCCCAGACCAUCACAUUGCCUCCACCAUGCUAUACAGAUGGCAUCAAGCACUCCUCCAGCAUCUUUUCAUUUGGUCUGCAUCUCACAAAUGUUCUUCUUUGUGAUCCGAACACCUGAAACUUCGAUUCGUCUGUCCAUAACACUUUUUUCCAAUCUUCCUCUGUCCAGUGUCUGUGUUCUUUUGUCCAUCUUAAUAUUUUCUUUUUAUUGGCCAGUCUGAGAUAUGGCUUUUUCUUUGCAACUCUGCCUAGAAGGUAAGCAUCCCGGAGUCGCCUCUUCACUGUUGAUGUUGAGACUGCUGUUUUGCGGGUACUAUUUAAUGAAGCUGCCAGUUGAGGACCUGUGAGGUGUCUGUUUCUCAAACUAGACACUCCUUUUUCUAUUCUGGUUAGAGCCAGUUUGCGCUGUUCUGUGAAGGGAGUAGUACACAGCGUUGUACGAGAUCUUCAGUUUCUUGGCAAUUUCUCGCAUGGAAUAGCCUUCAUUUCUCAGAACAAGAAUAGACUGACGAGUUUCAGAAGAAAGUUCUUUGUUUCUGGCCAUUUUGAUCCUGUAAUCGAACCCACAAUUGCUGAUGCUCCAGAUACUCAACUAGUCUCAAGAAGGCCAGUUUUAUUGCUUCUUUAAUCAGCACAACAGUUUUUAGCUAUGCUAACAUAAUUGCAAAAGGGUUUUCUAAUGAUCAAUUAGCCUUUUAAAAUUAUAAACUUGGAUUAGCAAAAACAACGUGCCAUUGGAACACAGGACUGGUGGUUGCUGAUAUUGGGCCUAUGUACGCCUAUGUAGAUAUUCCAUUAAAAAUCAGCCGUUUCCAGCUACAAUAGCCAUUUACAACAUUAACAAUGGCUACACUGUAUUUCUGAUCAAUUUGAUGUUAUUUUAAUGGACAAAAAAAUUGCUUUUCUUUCGACAACAAGGACAUUUCUAAGUGACCCCAAACUUUUGAACGGUAUUGUAUGUUCUACCCAGUCCUUUCUGAGGCAGUAGGGAGCAGUUCUCAGUGAGGAACGGAACGUAGGUGUCACUACUUCCUCCGAAGCUGCUUCCCCUCCUUGUUCGGGCAGGCUUCGGCGUUCGUCGUCACCGGCCUUCUAGCCACUGCCGCUCCAUAUCUCAUCAUUCCAUUUGUCUUGUCUUGUCAAUUACACACACCUGGUUCAUAUCCCCUCAUUAGUACGUGUAUAAGUGUUCCCUCUGCCCCCCUUGUCCUUGUGGGGGAUUGUUUAUUGUGAGAGUAGUGUAGCUCGGUGGAGCUACUCGUACCUUGUAUUGCCGGGGUAGAUUAUUCCCCUGUGUACGACGGAAUAAACUCUGUAUUCUGUGAUUUACCCUCCUGCGCCUGACUCCUUCUUUCACGCUCAUCACAGAUCCAGGACCUGCUGCUAACCUGAUCUUCAUCACAGAUCCAGGACCUGCUGUUAACCUGAUCUUCAUCACAGAUCCAGGACCUGCUGUUAACCUGAUCUUCAUCACAGAUCCAGGACCUGCUGCUAACCUGAUCUUCAUCACAGAUCCAGGACCUGCUGCUAACCUGAUCUUCAUCACAGAUCCAGGACCUGCUGCUAACCUGAUCUUCAUCACAGAUCCAGGACCUGCUGCUAACCUGAUCUUCAUCACAGAUCCAGGACCUGCUGCUAACCUGAUCUCAGGGCUUGUGAGAUCUCAUAAUACCUGAUGUUACUAUCACCCUGAAACACACACAGAUUAGUUAUUGAUGAGCUGAUUGAUUAGUGAUUGAUACAGCAAUUGGUAAUUGGUAGUGGUUACCUUGCCAGCCAGGUAGAGCAUGUGUGUGUCGGGGUCAUAGAAGAGUGAUUGAGUAUUGAUUUGUGAUUGAUAAGUAUUGAUUAGGGACUGACAAGUAUCGAUUAGUGAUUGAUCACACACACAUACACAGGAGUAAUGGCAGACAGUGGCUAGGCCCACUUUCAUACUCUGUGAUCAUUCUUGAUUAGAUGUUUUAGUCAUUAAUUAAGCAUUUUCUCCGGAACCUUCUUUCUAUCUAUCUACUAGACGUUCAAGGACAUGGACACGUAGAAAGAAUAAGAAAACAUGUGUAAGUUAAAUACCAGUUAAUAACCGGAUUUUCUGAAAAUUCCCAGAACUUUGGUAAUUUACCGGAACUUUUACCAGCCCCCCACACCUACACAGACAGAGCUGUAUGAGGCGUCCAGGGCGUGGGUCCGUGACUCUGAUCUUCCUGUCCAGGCUGGUGGUAGCUAGACAGCUGCUGUCGUUGUUGAAGGACAUGGAGAGAACCAGCUCGGAGUGAAGAGAUACAGUAUAACACAUACUGGGUUCCUCAGCACUGACAAUCACACACCAUCACAUCCCACACCAUCACAUCCCACACCAUCACAUCCCACACCAUCACAUCCCAACCAUCACAUCCCAACCAUCACAUCCCAACCAUCACAUCCCACACCAUCACAUCCCACACCAUCACAUCCCACACCAUCACAUCCCAACCAUCACAUCCCACACCAUCACAAUCCACCCACACAUCACAUCCUACAACCAUCACAUCCCACUCCAUCACCUCCCCCACCAUCAAUCCACACACACAUCCCAAAACCCCACCCACACACACCCCCACCAUCACAUCCCACACCAUACAUCCCACACCAUCACACCCCCCAUCACUCCCAACAUCACAUCCCACCAUCACACCCCCACCCUCACAUCCCACACCAUCACAUCCACACCAUCACACCACACAAAACCACCCCACACACCCACCCCACCACACCUCCCAACAAACCCCACAUCCCACACAUCACAUCCCACUCCCUCCAUCCCACCAUCACAUCCACACCAUCACAUCCCACACAUCCACACCAUCACCCGGCCACCCAUCACAUCCAACACCAUCCCAUCCUACACAAUCACAACCCACACACCACACAUCACCCCCCCCAUCACAUACCACCUCACAUCCCAACCAAAACCCCACCCAUCACAUCUACACCAUCACAUCCACCCUCACAUCCACACCAUACAUCACACCAUCACUCCUCACACCCACAUCACCCUCCCACACCAUCAAAACCCCCACCUCAUCAUCCACACCAUCCCUCCACCCAUCACUCCUUACCCAUCACUCACCCACCAUCACAUCACACACCAACAUCCACACCAUCACAUCACACCCAUCACAUCCUAA